UUACAGCAACAACAACAGAAGCCAAAAUGCUGCUCAAAAUUUGUCUAAUGGGCUGCCUGGCGCUACUGGUGGCCAGCGAGGAGCUGGCUGUAGGAGCAUCAGAGAAUAUUGAAGCGAAUGCGCCGGCAACAAGCGAAUUCGAGACAUCGCACAAGGUGCCGGGGGCUAAUGUGUUGAGCGACGAGGGUUUCCACACGGCGCACAGGAUUAGCAUUCGGGCCGCAGACACAGACUACUCCAUGAAUUUGCUGGCUACCAAGGAGCGGCCCGAGCUGAAUCCAGUGCUCAGUGCGCUGAUCAACGAGGACGUAAUGAAGAGCAUCGAGGCGAAGCGUGCCAUCGAGGAGGAAGAGCUGGCCGAAGUGAAGCGCGAAGUUGAGCAAGCAGCGCUCGCCGAGCUGGAGCUGAAGAGCACCGGCGCUGGCGUCACAGAGCAGCCCACCCUGCAGCUAACCACACAGCCUACGGCAGCCAAGAAGAUCGACAAUCUAGAUGAUGACAUGGUGGUCGAUCCGCACGACGACUUUGUCAACCAGAACUUUGCACUGGAUGGCGCUGGCAGCGAGAACAACAAGAAGUCACGCAUCGAGAUCAAGAAGGGACCCAACGGCCAGGACUACGAGUACGAGUAUGUCUACUACUACGAGGAGGACGAGGAUGCUGACAGCAAGCCCAAAGCAGCUAUCGAUGCACCCGCUGCCGUCGAGGCACCCGCUGAUCUGACGCCCGAGACGCGCGGCAAGACACGCUAUUCCAACAUCGAUCGCAGCACUCCGGCCACACCCAGCGAGAACAGCCUGCAGACCGGCAAGGCCAAGGGCAGGGCCUCGAAUGCCGUCAGCCCCGACAACACCGAGGAUAUUGAAGCGGAGCGCUUGCCGUUGAACACGCGCUUCCCCAGCCGGGGCAAGAAUAUCGACGUGCAGCCAACUCCGGCGCUGGAUUCGCUGGAAACGGCCGCAGAGCGUAAGAAGAUUAGUGUGAAGCGUCCCAGCCUGGAGCUGGUCGACAGCGAGACUUUCAACACUGACGAAAAACAGUUGAAGGGUUCACGCAACGGCGACAAAGAGCUGAAGCCCGUGAUAGCCGUCGAGCAAGAGCAGGCAGCAGCUGCUGCAGCAGCAGCCGCCGCCGCAGCCGCCAAGCAGGAGGAAGAGCGCGAUAUAACGGCCAAGCUGGAUGAUGAGGCUGAACAGACGACACCGUCCAUGGAAAAGGCCGCACUUGAUCUCUAUGCCAUACUCACCAACGAGAAUCUCAAUAACGAUGAAACCACCGCAGCGGACACAAAUGAUGAAACCACUUUGAGUCCCGAUACCGCCAGCACAGAUAGCGAUGAUGCGGACUUGACCACGCUGCAGGAUGAACUAUCCUCGACAACGACAACCACGACAACAACAACGACAACCACCACAACCACCACCGAGGCACCCACCACCACAACGACAACAACAACGACAGCAGCUCCGUCGCUCUUUGGCGGCAGACGCGCAGGUCUCAGUGGUCUGGCUGGACGCAAUCGGUUCAAGCUGCGCGACAGUCAAGGCGCCAGCACCACCACCACAACCACCGAGUCAACGCCCACUGAACCCACCAAAACAGGCAGAAAUCGCUUCUCACGUCCCUCAAUUGGCGGACGCUCCCGUCCAGGUGCGCGCACCACCGCCAGCCCCGAGCCCGCAGCGGAACCUGCUGUCGAGGAAGAAAUUGUGGCCGCGAAGGAGGUGAAACCCGUUAGCUCCGGCUUUGCACGUGGCAGACCACGCAACCGCUUCAAUCUGCGCGGAGCCAGCACCACCACCACCACCGAGAAGUCGGCCGACGCUGAGGAGGGAGGCAGCGAUGCCAGUUCAGCGGAUGCCGCGCCCAGCAGCACAACAGCACGCAGCACACUGCGCAAUCGUCCCGGCUUGAAUCUGCGCGGACGCAGUCGCACGACCACAACGAAGGCGCCUGCUGCCGAUGGAGCUGGCGCUGAGGAGGCCACGGAUGAGGGCAAGGCAGCGGCAGCAGCGCCUGCCGCCGAGCCCGUGCGUCCGUCCCGCUUCAAUUUGCAUCGCGCUGGCGGCAACCGCUUGCUGCCACGUGGCAAGCUGGGACGUGCCGGUGUAAGCACUGAGGCGCCAAAGGAGACGGCCGAGGACUCGGCAGCCGAUAGCAGCAGCCAUCACAACGACGUGAAGGGCACCGAGGGCACAGCGGAGGGCGGCAGCGACACAGCCGCCGAGAAGACUGACGAGGGCGAUCAAGCAGCCAAUCAUGCUGGACCGGUAUCCAGCUUCAAUCGCCUCAAGAACCGACCGCGCCUCAAUGCGCUGCAUAAGACUGACGCGGCCAAGCAAAAGGCAGCCGCUGCUGCUCCUGGGGCAGCUGCUGGCACAGCUCCAGUUGCAACAGCACCGCGCAAAAUCAAUCCGCUGCUAGCCAAGCGCCGUCUGCAUUUGGGCGCAGCGGCUACCUCAACCACAGAGACGCCCGCUGAGAGCGGCGACGGCGCCGAUGCGUCCGGUGAGCAGGCCGGUAAGGACGAGCAAGCGGCGUCCGCAGCAUCCAGCUCAGAUGAAGUAGCCGGCGAUGCGGCCAAGGAGCAGGAAACCACAGAGGCUGCGGAGGCAACCACCAAGCAGCAGGCGCGUGGCUUGGGACUCCUUGGCCAGCGUCGUCGCUUGCCCCUGCGAAAGCCAGGCACCAUACUGUAAAGCCCCUCAAAUGACACAACACAAACAGCAGCAGCAGCAGUAGCACGCCCCACUGCCACUGCCACUGCCAAAAGGCGGAAAUGAAAGUUUGCAACGGAUGUGGCAGUUGCCCCAAAUCCUGUUCCCUAAUUCCCUAUAUAUUCCAACCUCUUGCCCCGCCAUUUGCGCCUGCCAAGCCCCUCCCCACUCUCUGUAUCUCUCUCUCUUCCGCUUUGUCUAGCUUUCCCUUCCAUUUGCUGCUUUCCUCCUAAUUGGUUGGUACGCACCAUCCAGACCCAGCGAUAAUAAUUUUUACAAUUUUUCCCCUAUUUGCAAAAUGUUUUUCUUUUACUACAAAUAUUUUGCAUAGGUUCCCGCGCCCUGUCCAACUUUUUUGUUCUGUUCUUAAAACGCAAUUAGCUUUUUACACAUACAAUAAUUAAAAUAAAAUAUUGAAAUAUUAUUUAAGUUCCCCCUCUCUUUGCGAAAAAUAA